GCCUCCUUUCCUCCUGAACGCCUUCCCCCUCCUCAUCCAUCGUACCUACAUCUCAGGCGCCACCUCAGCCUUAGUGCUCCCUUGCUUGCUUUGCUUUCUUACUUUCCUUUUCGAUUCCACAAACUUUCAAGCUUUCAGAACCUUCGAUUUCUACAUCUUCCGUAAUCUAGGCUAGGCACCGACACCCAUGAACUCGGGGAAACAGCUCUUCCUUCGGCCACCUCCAAAUGUCGAGUUCGUACAAGGCUACCCUGGCAUUCCUCCAGGUGCGCCUGACAGACCUCAGGCCGCAAUAAAAGGGAUGUUCGAGGUCCGCUUGGGCGCGCAGGGCGUCAAGGCGAAGUACGUCCGCAUCGAGCUCCGCAAGAUCGAGACGUUGCCCGGUGGGGGAACGCAGAGCACGUUCUUCGAUUAUGUCGGGCAGAGUCCUAUCAAUUUGUGGCAAUCGAGCGAGGAGUUUAGUACGCUGCAUUCGGGCGAUAUCCCAUUCUAUAUUCGGAUACCGGAAAGUAUCGCGCCUAGUCUAGCUCUCGAGAAAGGAGCCGGCGUCAAGUAUGAACUAGUAGGACAGGUCUGCGUCCAGGGCAAGACGAGCUUCCUCCGACGGAGCAAGUCCAUCGUCCACUCCACCUCUACAGCCAUCAUAAUCGACAAACACGAACUGCACUCCACCUGGCCCGUCUACCAACAACCCGAAUCGCGUCACCUCACACAAGACGCUGUAUCGCUCACGGUCGACCGUUCCCAGAACUGUUACGGACCCGGCGACCGCGUCUCCGUCAUGGCCACUAUCAAAUCCGACUCCCUCCACACCGUCAUCCUCCGCGGGUUCGAGUUCACGCUGAAAGAGACGACGAUCUUCCGCGCGGGGCCGCACUCGCACGGUGUCGGCGGCGGGAAUAAGAAGGGUGCGCCGCAGGUGAAGAUCAAUAUCAUUGGGGAGCAGAAGGUGCCGGUGAAUAAGACGCUUUAUGGGGGAUCGACGCAUAAGAGCGAGUUGAGCUGCACGAUCCCGCAGAGUCAUACGACGACGACGUUGACGAGCGCGAGACAUAUUGAUAUUACGUAUGUGCUUGGGGUGAAGGCGUUGAUGGGGACGGGGAAGCCGCUGAUUAUGGAGUUGCCGGUCAUUGUGUCGAAUUGGCCGAGAUAUGUCUCUGUCGAGGCGAUCAGACGAAUCGGCCACGCCCCCAACCUCUGCCUCUCCCCCGUCCUCUCCAUCUCUCCCCAACCCGGCUCCGGCCCCUCUCACAACCGUCAAUCCCAAAUCGCACCCCACACCAUCAGCACCUCCCGAAUCCCCAACUCGACCGACCCAGUAGACUACACCUCCGGCUUCGCGAACCGCCAAUCACACACGAUGCCGAACGGGCACAACCAGAUCGCCUUCGGGACCGCGGCGUCCCAUGCGCAUGGGGGAGGAUUCGGAUCGAUGGGUCGGGCGGACGAGUUUGGGUUCGUUGGGAAUGGGAGCGCGAAUGGAGGAGGAGGGAGCGGGAGGCCGGGAAGUGCAGGGAAUGGGAAUGGAGCUGGGGGAGGCGGACAGUUUAGGCCUGGGACGGCGGGGAGUAUUAACGUCAAUAAUGCGCGACCUGGCACGACGGGGUCUUUGGGCGUCGGUGCGAGUGGACUCGGACAACCGAUCACGAACGACCCGAACGAUUAUGGGUUCGGGAACGGGUUUGGGUCUGGUGGUGGUGUGGGAGGCUCGGCGGGUGGUGCGGGAGGAUCGAGGGCGAGGCCGAGAGCGGGGACGUUGCCUGGGUCGCAGAAUAGGCUUACGAUCGUGAAUGCGGUGGAUAAUGAGAUUGCGGAGGAGGAGGAUUCGCCGAGGGGCGCGGGGAGGUCUAAUUCUGGUGCUACUGGUUCCGGUGCUGCUACUGGCGCUGCAUCCGGUCAGAGUCAGAGUCAGAAUCGGACGCAGGCCGGGAGAGCGGCGGGGUCGAGGCCUUGGAUGUCGGCGGAGGAGGAAAAGGCGAAGUUGUAUCAGCAGGCGAAGGCGGAGGUGGAGAGGGUACAAGGUGGCGGGGCGGUGGAGAGGGCAGAUACACCCCCAGCGCCCGAGCCCAAACAACCCGUCACGCCUCCAGCUGCGAAACCCGCGAAACCAAAAUCACGCUGGCUCACCGCGGAAGAGGAGAAAAUCCGGCUGUACAACGAAGCGCAGAAGAACGCGCGGAUCAUGCAAGGUCUCGAAUCCGGCGAAGCACCAACGAGCCCCCCACCGCCCACCAGCGGCUCUCGAUCCUCUCACGGCCGAGGCGACUCGAAGGACUCGUCGAAGAAUUAUUCGUCCACUGCUGCUGGAUCCAAGUCUGGCGCGACACCGCCAGCAGCCGUCUCUGCUGGUGCGGCGCUCUACUCUGCCGCCAUGUCUUCUAUGCCUUCAGCGAACAAGAGCCAAGGCCAAGGCCCGACCACACCUCCCGCCACGAAGACGGUGUACAGUCCGAUUCCAAAACCUGCUCCGUCGAAGUUGCCUACGGCGGAAGAAGAAAAGGAGAUGUUGAGGCGGUAUCACCAGGCGAAGAACGCCGUUCAGCGCCAUCACGAAGAGUAUGGCGAAGCGGUGGACGAACCUUCGCCCGCGACCGGGUCAGGAGGGGACGUUGGUCCUGGUGCCGAUGAGAUGCCGCCGCCUUGGGUCGCUAGCUCUCAGUUCCCGCAGCAGGAGGAGGUUUCGGAGAAGGAGAGGUAUAGGAGGGCGUUGGAGGCGGUGGAGAGGAACGCUGUUAGUGGUGGUGGGGGCGGUUCGAGUUUCGGUGGUGGGUUUGAAAUGGGAGGAGGAGGGAGUACGCCCCCGCCGCCGAUCGAUUCGGGCCUUCCGCCUGCGUUCUCGGCUGCGACGGCAGGUGUGAUGUCAGCGGCGAACGAGAAAGAGAUGCUGAGGCAGCAGUAUGCCGCUCAGGACGCUCUGGCUCAGAACGGUAACGGCCACGGGUCACCCCCUCCACCGCCUAUCACGCCUCCACAGAACUACUCGCCACCACCGCUCUCGUCUGAGUUACCGGCACAUCUCAGGGGAAGGACACAGCCUGCGCUUCCCGUCCCUCAGGGCGCGAGCAGGCCUUUGACGGCGGCGGAAGAAAAGGCGAUGCUGAGAGCGAAGUUCGAGGCGGAGGAACGGGGCGGCGGUGCGGGGGUGGGUAUGCCUGUACCGGAGCCUGCGCCUGCGCCUGCCAAUGGGAUUGGACAUGGUCCAGGCAACGUGAAUGGCGUUUUUGCGGCGGGAGGAUCGUCGAUGCGGUCGGGUUCGUCGGGUGGUACGCAUCAUACUCUGUCGACUCGAUCGAGUGACCUCAAUAUCCCGCUCACGCCAGCCUUGCAUCAUAACCAACCAGCUCCUGCGCCACCGCCACUUGCCCCUCGGCCCCCGGUGGAAUAUAUCGAGGAGACGAAGGCGGAGGACGCGAAGCUCAAGAGGGCUCUUUCUGCGCAUGAACAUGAUCUUGGUCCUGGAUUGGGGACGUUCGGGUUGGGGAUGGGAGCGGGGAGGAAUGGGGUGAUGUUGCCGGGGGAUGAGGACGACACGUUUGGAUUGAAGAUCAGGCCUACUUCACCGUUCUCCUUGGGGAUGGACGAUCUCAUGAUGGGCGUGGGUGCGAAUGUCGGUGUGGGGCCCGGGUCGAGGUCGAGGCAGUCGUCGUAUGGGAGUCCGGGGCAUAUGAAUGGGAUGGGAAGCCCGCCGCCGUUGCCGCCGAAGGUUCCUAUACGUGACCAUUGAUCGUCGGUCGUGGAGCUUUCUCGUUUUUUUUUCUCACUAGGGGUGAUUCCUCUUUGCUGCUGUUUGGUGUCGUUAUCUUUUUGUGGAUGUGUUUUCUUGUGGAUCUAUUCAUUCGAUUUUCGAUACCCCCACUCGUUGUUUUUUUUUUGCUCCUGUUUCAACGAUGCUUUGCCCACUCUCUUGCUGGCCCUCCUUCAUCUUUAUUUAUCAAUCUUCUCAUCUCUUUAGUUUCUCUGGCGAGGUCGCCUAACACACACUCGUUCUUCUUGUCUGUUUUUUUCUGUCUUCUCUACCCUACACAAUAACACUUUGUGUUCCUGUCUCCUGCAUCGUGCAUCGUCACCGCUGUAGCUAUUUGCUUAUUCUCUCACCUACCUUCUCUCGUUCUUCCGCCACAUCCCCAUCUCUUGCUCUCGCUCACUCGUCUCACUCGUCUCACUCAUCUCUCCACCUAUGCGUAUCUUAUCCUGACUUGAUCUCUAUUUAUCUCUUCGUCUUUCAAUGUCUUCUUUCUUUCAGCGCCACACAAACGCGCGAGCCGCCGCUCGCUAUUAGGCCAGAACCUCCGGUACUAAUAGACUAAGAUAUGUUGUUCUCCUUUUUAUAGUAUGGUCGUGUGUCGCCGUGGCCUGCCGAUUAGUCGAAGGGUUCGUUGGCGGGAUAAUUGUUUGCGUGAUUGUGGGAUAGGUGUUUAUUCCUUGAUCACCACGUUCUGCAUAUCAAGAUGAGGAAUAUAUACGUAUCCAGAGUUAGCUAUCUUGUG